GAAUGAUCAGCAAAUCAAGCCUCACGAGGUAUUCUUGUUCUUGUUCAUAUUAAACAUAAAGUUGGCUAGUUAGUGGAAGUUUGUAAAGUGAAGUUAAGAACAAAAUUUAAGUUGAUUUAGUGUACAAGUGGACACUGUGCUCUUAAAUCUAUCUAAAUUUGAAUUACGGAGUCCUCUUAAGAUCUGUAAGUAAAGACAUUAAGGUUAUAAAUUUCACGUGCAUCCGUAUCUAUUCAAGAAAAUGUCUAGUCGAGAAGGAGGAAAGAAGAAACCUCUCAAAGCGCCUAAGAAGGAAUCAAAGGAAAUGGAUGAAGAGGAUAUGAAGUUGAAACAAAAGCAGAAGGAGACCCAAAAGGCAUUAGCGGAAGCUAAAGCUAAAGCUGCACAGAAGGGACCCUUGGUCGGUGGAGGAAUCAAGAAAUCGGGGAAGAAGUGAAGUGUUUAUAAAAACAAGAUUUGUUGUAAGGAACUGCUAUAUAAAUUUUGAAACAUAAUUUUGUAUGAAACAUUAUCUAGCUUAUUAAAAUGAUUGUGUAAAAACUA